UCUUUGGACUACCAUUGCCCCGAACUAGACAUGGUUCUCCUCUCAGCUUCGGUCUGCACCAAGUCGGGCAAGCCAAUCGUCUCGCGCCAGUUUGUCGAAAUGACACGCUCGCGCGUCGAGGGCCUGCUCGCGGGCUUCCCCAAGCUCAUCAAGGAGGGCAAGCAACACACUUUUGUCGAAACAGACACGGUCCGCUACGUGUAUCAACCACUGGACUUGCUCUACAUUGUCCUGAUCACGACCAAGAACAGCAACAUUCUUGAGGACUUGGAGACGCUGCGCAUGUUUGCCAAAGUGAUCCCCGAGUAUUGCCGAACGCUCGAGGAGCGAGACGUCGCCGAUCACGUCUUUGAGCUCAUCUUUGCGUUUGACGAGAUUGUGGCGCUGGGAUACAGGGAAAGCGUCAACCUCAGCCAAAUCCGCACAUUCACCGAGAUGGACUCGCACGAGGAGAUGGUCCACAUUAUGCAGCAGCGAAACAAGGAGCGCGAGGCCAAGGAGCAUCUCAAGCUCAAGAUGAAGGAGCUCGAGCGCGAAAAGCGCAACGCCAUGCGCCAGGGUCGGCCUCCAGCGGGUGGCGGCUUUGGCUCGGCCUCGUUCGGUGGCAUGGGCACCCCUGGCAUGGGCGGCGGCAUGGGCGGUGUCAGCAUUCCCCAGGGCAUUUCGUCCUCCAGCAGCUAUGGAUCCAUGUCCUCCUCGGGCCAGAAUUCGCCAGGCAUUUCCUCUGCCAACUCUACGGCAUUUUCGUCAAAGCCUGCGUCGUCUGCCCCUGUUAGCCGAGGCAUGAAGAUUGGAGGCAAGCCUAAAACCAACGAACUCGUUGAUGCGCUUAUUGCCGAUGGCGAGCUCGUCCAACAAGAUGCCGCGCCCGCACUGGGUGGUGCUCGACUUGGCGGCAGCGCCGGUGCGAAGGCUGCCGCUGCUGCCGCACCUGCUGUGCCGACAGAAGCCGUGCACGUCCGCAUCGAGGAGAAGAUUGUCGUUCGCGCCAAGCGCGAUCUCGGCCUCGAGAAUAUGGAAGUCAAGGGCGAUCUCUUCUUGCGAGUAGCAGACCCCGCAUUGCCGGCCAUUGCCGUCCAGCUCUCCCUUCCCGACGAAAAGAGCUUCCAAUUCAAGACACACCCCAACGUAGACAAGAAGCUCUUCACCGACCAAAGCCUCGUUGCGCUCAAGGAUCCUUCCAAGCCAUGGCCUCCCAACGCUGAGCUCGGUGUGCUCAAGUGGCGCAUGACCACCACCGACGACCGCCAGUUGCCGCUGUCAGUCAACUGCUGGCCACAGCCCAAUCCCGACGGCUCCUGCGAUGUCAACAUUGAAUACGAGCUGAAUAACACUGCGCUUCAACUGCAAGACGUUGUGAUUGCCAUUCCUGUUGCCUCCAAUCGAUCGGCACCUGUGGUUGCAUCUGUUGAUGGCAGCUACGAUUUCGAUGUCAAGUCGUCCAAGCUGUACUGGUCCAUCCCCGUUGUCGACAGCAGCAACGCCACUGGCUCGAUGGAGUUCAAGACUGCAACCGGCAAUGCCAACAGCUUCUUCCCCGUGUCGGUCGGCUUCUCGUCCACCCAAACGUUUGCCAAUUUCCAGAUCAACGGUGCCGUCAUCAGCACCAAUCAAUCGCCAAUCAAGUUCUCGGCGGCAACAACUUUUGGCGUCGAGUCGUACGACUUUGUCUAAGCAGCGCUUGGGUGGUGUCGCGAGGGAGCCUAACUGUGUAGAUGCCUUGCCCCCCCCCCCCCCUUGUCUCUUCUCCGAUCCCUCUUGUUGCUCUGCCUUGGAUUCAACUUGUCCUGGUGUUUUGUUUUUUUGGUUUUUAUCCGUGUUAAGCCCAAAAAUUUAUUUCUUGACCG